GGGGACAUUGGGUGGCUUCUUGUCAAAGAGUCCGUAUUAACUGAACCCUGCAAAGUGGAUCAAGUGUCUGAAACAACUAUCUGGUACAGUGGUUUGACGACAAAGAAUCUGUUCAAUGAUGUUUAGAUGCAACGACAGUCAUUUGCAAAUCGACAGCGCCGUUUACAAUGUAACAGGGAAGGAAUUCAACGACUCUGUUACGUAUAGAUGCCUGGAUGGUUUCAAUGAUACAUCCGGAGACCUGUACAGACGAUGCAAUCACCUGGAAAACUGGACAGGAACAAGUCCUACUUGUACCAAUUCGUGCCAUUGUCUAUGUGGAUCCAAUGCAUACCUAAACGUAAAUGAUACAGAAGCAUUACAAGCCAGACUGGAGGAAAUAAAAUCCAAGUUCUCUAUCAGGGCAAACGAAACUUCUAAAGCUCGGCGUUUAAAAGUAUGUGCAAAGGAUGGGCGAACCUCAGCGAAAGCAGUCGGAAGUAUCCUAGGUGGACUUAUCAUAGGAGGUUUUGUAUCAUCAACUAUUGCAAGUGAUUUACCGUUGAUCCUACGUGAAAUCAAGAAAGCGUACAGAAACAUAAGGUCUAGUUAAAAACAAAUUAAGACCUCUUUCUUGCUUGUUACUUAUGUGUCAUUAAUUAAGAUAUUUAUUUAUUUUAAUCAUCAUAGACGUAUCAUGAAAAGUUUACAUUGUCAAUAAGUAUGCAAUAAUCGUAAUUUAUUACUAGAAAAAAUAUACAUUAUAAACUGUCUUAUCAAGGAGAUGAGUAGUAGUCAAUUUGAUUCAAAUCUAAAUAUCCAUAUAUUUUCAAAGGGGCAUGGCAACGAUUUGAAAUAGAUGUUCUUAUAUUUGAUUGUUGACGUUAUUAUUUUUAAAUUGAUUUAUUGCAUGAUUUCUGAUGGAAACAAACGUAUGAAUAUCAAGUGUCGAGUUACAUGAAGGACACAGAGUUCAUAAUUCUUUGUUAUGUAAACAUGUUUUUGCUUACCUUUGAUAAAUACUCGUUAC